ACAAUAGGAGUGAAUGUGUAAGCCUGAUGCUGCUCUAUUCCUCUCCAAUUUUCACUGGAUGACAAGGAAGUCAGCGCCAGGAGGGACAGCAUGUUUUCAGAGGACGCCCAUGAAGUAACCGGGCGGACUAAUGGGGCUGAUACUGCUGAGUCUGUUUCUCCGCUAUUGGAUCAACACAGUGGAGGGAUCAUGCUCUGCUGGUGGCGCUGUGACUUGUGACGAGUGUCUUCAGUUGAGUCCCCUCUGUGCGUGGUGUACACAGGAGAAUUUCACAGACUGGUUGGGAGUAAGUGAGAGAUGUGGCACGGUAGAGAGCCUGCUGGAAAAGGGCUGUCCCGAGAACAUGGUGGAGUUCCCUCUUUCCAAAGGCCAAAUCCUACAGAAUGAACCCCUCGGCAAGCAGAAAGGAACCCAAAACACCACCCAGAUCUCUCCUCAGAAAAUGUCACUCAAGUUGAGACCCGGCACUCGGGUCACUUUUCAGGUCAAAAUUCAGCAUUCUGAAGACUAUCCUGUGGAUAUUUACUACCUGAUGGACUUGUCAGCUUCAAUGGUGGACGAUCUGGAUAUGAUAAAAGAUUUGGGAUCCACUCUGUCCAAAGAAAUGGCAACUCUCACCAGUAAAUUUCGGAUGGGCUUUGGCUCAUUCGUGGAGAAACCUGUUCUACCCUUCAUUAACAUUAAAGAAUUAGCAAAUCCUUGCAGGGACCUGGGUCUGACUUGUCUGCCAACGUUUGGCUAUAAACACGGCCUGUCCCUGACGAGCAGUACUGAGAAGUUCAACGAGAUCAUUGCAAGACAACGUGUUUCUGCAAACAUUGAUAUCCCAGAGUGUGGUUUUGAUGCUGUUAUGCAGGUGGCCGUCUGUGGGGACAGGAUUGGAUGGAGAAAUGACUCCAUGCGUUUGGUGGUGUUUGUCAGUGACGCUGACUCACACAUUGGCAUGGACAGCAAGAUGGCCGGCAUUGUGAUUCCCAAUGAUGGACAGUGUCACCUGGACAACAAUAACGAAUACUCCAUGUCAACAAUACAGGAGUAUCCUACUCUUGGCCAGCUGAUCGAUAAGGUUGUGGAGAACAAUAUCUUACUAAUUUUUGCCGUGACGGAGAACCAGAAGCAUAAUUAUGAGAAUUAUGCAAGUCUUAUACCCGGAGCAACAGUUGGAGUGGUGGCAACAGAUUCACAAAACAUCUUGGAACUGAUUAUCACAGCGUAUAAGGAGCUGCGAUCUGAGAUUCAGUUGGAGGUCCUUGGAGAGACAGAGGAAUUGAAGAUGUCUUUCACGGCGAUUUGUCCAAAUGGGUCGACAUUUCCUGAUCUGAAACACUGUUCCGGCAUCAAAGCUGGGGAAACAGUCUUGUUUAACGUGUCUGUGGAGCUUACGGAAUGCUUUUCGGGGAGCCGCCACUUCUCCCUCAAACCAGUGGGCUUAAAAGAUAGUUUGGAAGUGGAGCUGGAGUCUCUCUGUUCGUGUGACUGCCAACAACCUUCAGAAGACAACAGGACCCAAUGCGCAGAGAACCAAGGGACUUUCCAGUGUGGCAUUUGUGUGUGUCAUCCUGGCUUCUUGGGAGCUGAGUGUGAAUGCAAUGAAGAGACCCAUUUGUUAAGUAACUGCAUAGCAAACAAUGAGUCUGAAAUAUGCAGUGGUCAGGGCCAUUGUUACUGCGGCCAGUGCAUGUGUCAUGCUUCAAGCUUUGGCCACAUCUAUGGACCUUACUGUGAGUGUGAUGAUUACUCUUGUGUCCGGUACCGUGGGGAGCUCUGUGGAGGCCACGGAAAGUGUGACUGUGGAGAAUGUCACUGCCAAAAUGGUUGGACUGGCCCGUAUUGCAACUGCAGUACCAGCAAUGACUCCUGUAUGUCUGAAGAUGGAACCAUCUGCAGUGGCCGUGGCAAGUGCGAGUGUGGGCAGUGUGUGUGCUCGAAAUCUGAAGCUUCUGGAGACAAGUGUGAGAAGUGUCCAACAUGUGGAGAUGUCUGUAGUUCGGCAAGAUCUUGUGUUGAGUGCCACCUUCAAGAAAAGGACAAUGAUGUUGUCUGCGACCAACAAUGCAGCACCCCCAGAAUUUCUUUCAACAUGACUGCAGGACAUGACAAGAGUCCUUCUAUUCAGUGCACACUGAUGACAGAGAAUGAGUGCUGGGUGUCUUUCACUGUGGUAGGUAGUGACACCGACACCAUGAUCUACGAUCCCCAGGUUUAUGGUUGCCCAGAGACUCCUCACAUCCCGAUGAUCAUUCUUGGAGUGUCCCUCUCUAUUGUGUGUAUUGGGCUCAUCCUUUUGGUUGUGUGGAAGGUGCUGGUGUCUGCUCACGACCGAAAAGAGGUGGCCAAGUUUGAGGCUGAGCGGGCAAACGCUAAGUGGCAGUCGGGUACCAAUCCGUUGUUCAGAAGCUCAACAUCAACGUUCAAAAACGUCACUUACAAGAACGGGGACAGAGGGAAAAUCAGCCCAUCGAAUCACUACUGAUGAUCUGCUGUAAACAAUGUAAAACUACAUCUGAGUGCACUUGAGUGUGAGUAAGUGUAUUUGUUAGUGUGUGAUUUUGUAUGUGUGAAGUAUCGGCUGAAACUCUGAGUUGAAUCAGAGAAGGAAUAUCAGUAGAUGACACUGGGAACUUUUGUAAUAUAUGACUCUGCUGCUGUUAAAGUGCACUGUUUUCUCACACUGGAAGAAUAUUUCAUUUUGCAUUACCUGACAGGCUUCAACUUUAAAAACUGGCUGGUGUAACAUGCAGAAGACACUGAAAGUUGUCAACUACUGAAACUAAUCACUGCUCUCUAUUAAUGAAUGUAUCUGUGUCAGACAAAAAAUGGUCUUUGUUUAUAUUGUUAUGUUUGUCUGAGGUUUUCUGUUAAGCAAGGCUGAGCCUUCUGUUUUGAUAACUGUGUAUUUUUAGUGGGUUGCCUCAAUAAA